CGCUUUCUUUCUUUUGGAUGACUCUAAGGUUUGGGGAAUAGAUUUGUGUAUUUACUAAACAAUUUUUUGAACCAUUCCGUCAUUUCUGACAAUACGACUAAUCGACGGCUGCACCGAGAUUAUACAUGAUUAGCUGCAUAUAUUUUAGUCAAUUGGCCCUCUAUGAGUUCCCGCAGACGCAAUGGCAAGCCAGCGAGCUGCGAGCCAUGCAGGCACGAUAAAGUGCGAUGUGACCACAGACUUCCUGUUUGUACUCGUUGCAGGGAUCGUCGGAUUUCCAAUCAGUGCUUCUACCACCCGGCACCACUGACCCGACAAAGAGCGUCGUUGCCUUCUCCCUUGACUGAAACUAGCCACGGGGCAUCCAGAUUAAGCGAGACAUUGCACUCGCCCCCUAGUUCAGAGUUAGACUCUUAUCAAAGCCCAGAGACGACUUUUCCUUUCCAUAUGGGUUAUGUUGGUCCUACCAGUUUUGUAGCUGAGUUUAUUACUGACAACGAGCUCGCUGGCGACCACUGCAAUGAUGCAACGAACCAAGACGAAAUUUCGCGUCAUCUGCCGCCGUAUUGGUUCAGCAGGAUAUCAGACAUCUUGACACUAUUGGAAGAUUUCCCACUGUUGGAGAGACUUAUUAGGGAAUUUUAUGACGUGACCCAGACCGCCCUCAUUCCAGGCCCUUUCAUUCGAAACGCCAUUGGUCCUAUUAGAAAGCUAUCUGAACAGCAUCGUCUGGAAAGGCGAACUGGCCAACGUGCUGCGAAGCUUUGCAGUCGAAUUGUUGAGAACACUGCCAAGGCAUUCCAUGUACCGUUUUCAACACAAGGAAGUGAAUUUCACACACUGUUUACUGGUGAGAAUACUCGCCUAGAGAUAUUGGGAAUUAUGUUUGCCCUCGCAGGCCGCAGCACUCGUUUUGGACUGGGGUCUGGCGCAUUUGUUAUACAUGGCGAACCACAGAAAAGAGCAGAGUUUGCUCAAAAGAUGCUUUUAGCGAGCGAUAUAACUUUGAGGAUAUGCAAAAUGCUGACACCUAUUAAUGAUUUGCUCGUCUGGUUGGUGUACGAAAAUAUGCUAUUAUCAUGCUUCGUUCAUGGAGAUUCCAGCGAAGCAAUAUGGACUCGAUUGGGAGAUUUAUCUACCAAUAUUUUCGCCCUAGGAGCACAUCGAGAAAUUAAACCUUCCUCUGGCGUUCCGCCAUUCAUGAUUCAACUCCGGAAACGCCUGUUUUCUGCUUCUUACCAGUUAGACAAGAAUGUAGCCACUUCACUAGGUCGACCUCCACGUGUGUCCAGUAGACAUUCCGAUUGUCGCAUACCGUUAUGCAUUAAGGACGAACUAUUUGGUGCCACCAGCGAGGUCUUUGAGCGGGGAUGCGAAGCAGUCGAUGAGAAUGGCUGGAGUCCUCAGCCGAUUUUCCAACCAUCUGCAUGGAUUCGACUACGAUACGUGAAUGCGACCUUUCGUGAGGAAAUUCUGGAGAUGUCUGUACGGACACUCAGUCCAGACGCUGUAGAGCAAUUGAACGAUAUCUCACGCCGCUGCAAUGAAAGCUGGCAAUCCAACCCCGCGCACCUUCGUUUCACGCCAAAUUCUUGGGACGACAAUCUUUCAUUUGCGAUAAACAUGAUGCGAAUAAUCGCUUAUCUCGCAUAUCUAUAUAACGACCUCCUUAUCCAGGGCCUGUUAGCCCGGCAAUCCCAAGUAUGUAACGGUGCUGCGUUGCUGUCUGUCAGCUCGCAUAUCCUCUCGACAGUUCUUUUCCUCGGCGCUCAUCGCCAACACACGCAUCAAAUACACAGAGACUUGACGUGGACGACCCUCAUAUAUGGCUUCCCAGCAGCUGGUGUUCUCAUCAAAGCCCUGCAAUCCGAAGCACGCCACGGCACCGAAUUCAACUACACAGGCUCGCGCUCAGAACUCAUACGCAAUCUAAGCGUAUUCAUCUCUCACCUCGACACACUGGAGCGACCGGGCCACGGCAAUCACGCUUUAUUCAGCCGCGCAUCAAAAGCAUUCUCAGCGAUCAUCGACGAGAUUCUAGAGCCCAGGUUGAGUGUCAGCAAUAACCGUGGUAAUUACGCAGCAGUCAAGCAUAGUGGAGAUGAAUCAAUCUCCGCGACGUGGAAUGAGAAUGAUGAUGCGCUGAAUUUUAUCAACAAUGGGGCAUUUUUGGAUAACGUGGACUUUGGCAUGGCAUUUGAUCAGUGGCUGGUUUGAUUUGAGCGACCAGUUUCGUGUAUAUAGAAUAGACUUGUGUCUGAAUGUGUUGGGACUAUUUGCCUGGAAGUUCCACAUAACAGCAUGUUAUUUCAGAGGAAGAAUGCUAGGCUCAUAAUCUGCAGGACGAAGG